UUAGAGAGCUGAGAAAGCAGCACUGGAGCAGAGGGAGGAGAAGCAACAUGGGAGAGCUUUGUGUCCGCUCUGUUCUGGUGACUGGGGCCAACCGGGGCCUUGGCCUGGGGCUCGUCCAGCACCUGCUGGGGUUGCCAAAACCUCCGCAGUGGGUGUUUGCAACCUGUCGGGACCCCAAGGGACAGCGAGCACAGGUGAGGCCGGGCUGGGAGGCAGUGGCUGUGCUGGGGGACAGGAGUGCUCAGUGCCAGGGUGGAGACCGCUGCAGCAAGGCUGCUCUGAACAUGCUGACCAAGUGCCAGUCCCUGGCUUACAAGGAGCACGGCAUCCUCUGCGUCACUCUCCACCCUGGCUGGGUGCAAACUGACAUGGGGGGGAGCUCAGAAUCAUUUAAGCCCCCCCUGACAAUUGAUGCCAGCGUGCAAGGGAUGUUGAAGGUGCUUUCCUCCCUCUCUGAGAAGGAGACUGGGACCUUCCUGGACUGGGAAGGGAAGAUGUUGCCAUGGUGAGAUGCUGGUUCAGGAUUCUCACUGUGAAGACCUUUGCUGCCUCACGAUGUGCCCGUGCCUUAAUAAAUUAGUGUCUGUAAACAAUAA